AGAGAAGAAAGUGCCCUCAGCCCCCAGCCUCUGCUUCCUCCGCAGCUCCUCUGGCCAGAGGCCAGAUUUCCUCUUCAAACCGACGUGACAGCUGAGCGAUAAGAAAGGUCACACACUUCUGCUGGCCCCACCAAAGCCAGCUGGAUAUGGACAAAACUAGCCAUACACCAGACUGAGAACCAAUCUGAUAAAUGCAAAACCAAAACCAAAACCAAAACAAAACAAAAACUGCUGCUCAUCAAAAGACACCACUGAAAGGAUAAAAAGCAAGCCACAACCUGGGAGAAAAUAUUUGAAAAUCACAUAAUUGACAAUGGACUUGUAUCCAGAAUAUUGUAUCAAGAUCUCUAGCCCUUACCGGUUUGGCUCAGCGGUUGGAGUGUCGGCCUGCGGUCCAGAGAGAUCCGGGUUCAGUUCUCGCUAAGGAUUCAGCUGGGGUUGACUGCAGGCAAGAUGUGGCCGGGAGCCCUGCUGACACUUCUGCUCUGUUCAAGCCUUGAGGCUCAAGAAAACUCUUUCACCAUCAACAGCAUCAACAUGGUAAUCCUGCCAAGCCAGGAAGUGCAAAACGGGAAGAACAUGACCCUGCGGUGCAACGUGGACAUCAGCACCACGUCUCACGUCAGGCCUCAGCACCAGGUGCUGUUCUAUAAGGAUGAUGUGCUGCUUCGCAAUGUCUCCUCCACGGAGAUGACAGAGAGUUAUAUCAUCCCCCAAGCCCGGGUCUUUGAUUCAGGAACAUACAAAUGCACUGCGAUUCUGAACAACAAGGUGAAAACCACACAGGAAUAUGAAGUGUUGGUGAGAGGAGUGCCUCCUCCCAGAGUGAUGCUGGACAAGAAGGAGGUGAUAGAAGGUGGGGUCGUGAUGAUCAAUUGUUCUGUCCCUGAGGAAAAAGGCCCAGUACAUUUCACAAUAGAAAAAGUCAACCUAGGAACCAAAGAUACCAAGUCAAAAAGAAAAAAAUCUUCUCCGAACCAGAAUUCUGUGUCGCUGGAAUUCACAGUCGAGGAGCAGGAACGUGUGAUCUACUUCCAAUGUCAAGCCAGCAUUGUUUCCGUAAGGCACAUGGAGACCUCCGAAACCACCAAGAGCGACGUGGUCACCGUGAGGGAAUCCUUCUCCAGUCCCAAGUUCUACGUCUACCCUGAGGGGCCGAUCUUAGAAGGUACUCUAAUGCACAUUAAUUGCACCAUUCAAGUGGCACACAUGGCCCUGGCAUUUCCGGAAAUCAUAAUCCAGAAGGACAAGGCAAUUGUGGCGCACAGCAGGCAGGGCAACACGGCCACCUACUCAGCGAUGGCCACAGUGGAGCGCAGCGGCAACUACACGUGCAAAGUGGAAACCAGCCGGAUAUCCAAGGUCAGCAGCAUCGUGGUCAACAUAACAGAGCUUUUUUCCAAACCGAGGCUGGACUCUUCCGCCACUCUUCUGGACCAGGGCGACAACCUGCACCUGUGGUGUUCCACCUCAAGAGCAAUUGUAGACAACUUCACCAUCCAGAAGGAAGACAAGAUUGUGUCGCAGACUAAUACUUUAAUCAAGAAAGCCUCAGAAUGGGACAGUGGGAUAUACACCUGCGUUGCAGGCAUCGGCAAGGUGUUCAAGACAAGCAACGCAGUCCGGAUAACUGUGUGUGAAAUGCUCUCCAAGCCCAGGAUUUUUUAUGACUCCACGUUCGAGGUGAUAAAAGGACAGACCAUAGAAGUCAGUUGCCAAUCCAUAAAUGGAACCUCGCCUAUUUCUUAUCACCUUUUAAAAGCAACUGACAUUUUGGAGAGUCGCAUGGUAGACUCAAAUGAGCCCGCGGUAUUCAAAGAUAACCCCACAGAAGACACGGAGUACCGGUGCAACGCGAGUAAUUGCCAUUCCAACUCCGAAAUGACCAGCGAACCUCUGAUGGUCAAGGUGAUAGCUCCGGUGAUAGAGGUCAAGCUCUCUAUCUUGAGUAAUAAGAUGGUGGAGUCUGGAAAAGAAAUUGUGCUUCGAUGCUUCGUGAACAAAGCAUCUGGUCCAAUCACCUACAAGUUUUUCAGAGAAAAGGAAGUCAAGCCUUUUUAUAAAAUCACUUCGAAUGACACCCAGGCCUUUUGGUACAAGACACAAGCUAGCGUGGAACAGGAGGGCGAGUAUUACUGUACGGCCUCCAACAGAGCCAACCCUGCCCCAAACGUCCCCAAAAGCAACACACUGACAGUCAAAGUCUUUCUUGCCCCAUGGAAGAUAGGACUUAUUGCAGUGGUUGUCAUCGGAGUAAUUGCCCUCUUGGCACUUGGGGCCAGAUACUAUUUUCGGAAGAAAGUCAAGGCCAAGCAGAUGCCCGUGGAGAUGUCCAGGCCAGCAGUGCCGCUUCUGACCUCCAACAACGAGAAAGUGCUGUCAGAUUCUAGUCCUGAAGCCAACAGACCUUACGGUUACAAUGACGAUAUUGGAAACCAUGCAACAAAACCAAUAAAUGAAAAUAAAGAGCCUCUGACCUUGGACGUGGAGUACACAGAAGUGGAAGUGAACUCACUUGAGCCUCAUGAAGGUCUGGGAAGGAAGGGCACCGAGACAGUGUACAGUGAAAUCCGGAAAACUAUCCCUGGCCAGCAGCAGCCAUGGUCCCCGGCCCCGCCCGACCCACAGAGUCACAGUCGCCAGAAUCUGAACUCUAACAAGUUCCCAGAUGUUUCUGAUGCUGACAACAUUUGA